AUGGACGAAUUGGAAGUCUAUGAGCAGUCUGUAGAUGUAGAGGAUUUUGUGCAGUCAGUUUGCAUGUAUUCAAAAAAGCAGACUUAUGGGCAGUUUCAUGUUACUGAUCAUGACACUCUGAUCUGCAAUUAUAGAGAACACCAAGAAAAAGACAGCAUUCCCCAAGCAGAUCUUUCAAAAGUUGAUUCUGUUUUAGUGAACACUCUUAUGCCAUUCCAGAGGGAAGGUGUAAAUUUUGGUGUCCAUCAAAGGGGGCGAGUACUGAUUGCAGAUGACAUGGGCCUUGGCAAAACAUUACAGGCUAUCUGCCUGGCUUGCAUUUACAGACAAUGGCCAUUGCUGAUUGUCACUCCAUCUUCAGUCCGCUUUGAUUGGGCACAAUAAGUUCAAGCGGUGGUGCCAUCCAUUGACCCAUCUCAAGUGCAGGUUGCAGUUAGUGGUCAACAUGUCCCGACAGCUUCCUUGGUCAGCAUAAUCAGUUAUGACCUCUUGUCUCGAAAAUCUAAACAACUUGCAGAAGCUAAUUUUAAAAUCAUCAUUAUGGAUGAAUCUCAUUUUUUGAAGAAUUCAAAGACAAUGCGAGCAAAGGCAGCUUUGCCACUUUUGCAGAAAGCAAACCAUGUGAUUUUGCUAUCAGGUACACCAGCUCUGUCACGACCUUCAGAACUGUUCACACAAAUUGUUGCUGUUUGUCCACGCCUGUUCAACUUUCAUGAUUUUGGAGUUCGAUACUGUUCAGCUAAACAGCAUCAAUGGGGAUGGGAUUAUUCAGGCUGCUCUAAUACAAGGGAGCUUCAGCUCUUGCUUGAAGAAAAAAUAAUGAUAAGGCACUUGAAGCAGGAUGUACUGGCUCAGUUGCCAGCUAAAAGACGUCAGAUGAUUGUGCUGGACCCAGAAGCUGUGACUUCUUCACGAUCUUUUCAUCAAACAUCAUGUGCUAUGGAAAAAAAUAUCUCGUCAGCAGAAAAGAGAAGAGUUUUAAUGCAGUACUUUCAUGAAACUUGCAAAGUCAAGAUGUCAGCUGUCAGGGACUAUGUUGCAGACAUGCUUGCUGGAGAGAAAAAGUUCAUCAUCUUUGCUCAUCAUCAAGAAAUGUUGGACUGUUUAGAGGAUUUAAUUUCCAAGGAAGGCAUCGAAUACAUUCGUAUUGACGGAAGAACAACAGCAGAACAGCGAAACCUUUUUUGUCGAAAGUUUCAAAAUUCUGAUGAAUGCCGUGCAGCUAUACUUUCUAUUGUGGCUGCUAAUGCAGGGCUUAAUCUUUCCGCUGCUUCCAUAGUCAUCUUUGCUGAGCUAUUCUGGAAUCCUGGAAUUUUGGCACAAGCAGAAGACCGAGCUCAUAGGAUGGGACAGAAGGACUCAGUGAUAGUAUACUACCUGGUGGCACAGAAGACUGCCGAUGAUUACAUCUGGCCUCUGGUGCAAAGCAAGCUUCAAGUUCUUGGAAAAGUUGGCCUUGCUCGUGAGGACUUUGCACAAGCAGACACUGCACAUAUGCAGGAUUCUAAGCAACUUGGACUUCUGGAUAUGUUCAAUAAAUCUUUUAUGGAGAAAACUACAGAUGUAGUUCUUCAGAAUGGUGAAGAUGGUGCACAAGAUCCUGUAACCACAGAUCAAGACAAACAAGAUACCUGCUCACCAAAAAAGCGUAUGAAAACUGCAGUCACCAAAAAGCAGACAGGACUGGAAGAUUACCUCCAGGCUACAGGCAAUAGAUCCACUUACUCCAGUACACUGCAAUGCAAAGUAUUGGAGUCUGACUUGCUUGUGACAUCUCCACAGGAUCCGCACAAUUCUGAGGCUUAUGCUGAUGCUUCCAGUGAAUUGAAACAAAGUACAGCAACAGAUGAAUAUUUUUUUGCCUUAUCAGCUGACAUCAACUGGGAUGAUGAUUUUUCAUGACAAGGUUUAUGAAAGAUUUUCAAGUGAGAUAAUGAUUAAUAUUUGAGAGACUAUGUCAUAUUUCCCAUCAUUAACAUUCAGUUUCAUAUAUGAAAAAAAAUCAGCACUGAAUUUGUGUAUUUUUUGUGUGCCAAAGCAGAACAAUACAUUACAGAUUGUGCCCAUGAAAAAAAUAAAGGUUGUUAAUUAUUC